UGCUGGGCGGCAGACAGCAACUUGACUUGGCGAUGGCCCAAGAUGGUGUCAAGCCUGGUGUCAAGCGCCUAAAAAUCCCGCAUAACCAGUAAUUAUACGCAAUCGGGGAGAAACGUCCGCAGCUCAGGGGCGUGAGAAGCCUAUGACUCUGCAGCCUUACGAGCGCUCGAAUGCGUGCCUGGCCAUUCCGAUCCUCACAUGUCGAGUGCCGUCUCGCUGCUCAUUUGAGUCUGUCAUCGCGGCAAUCACGUUCCCCUGGGAUGCGAGGGUUCAUCACCGAACAAUAUCACAUAUCUCUUGGCAUCAUCAAUGGAGCCGUCGGUAUUUGCGGCCGCCGAACUCGAUGCCGGGGACGUGCCUGUCCGGCUCUCACUCGCAUCGUCGCCGUCGCCAUUCACCUCGACCCCACAGCACCGUGAGAUCUUUGUGAGACGACAUGCAUCCGCCGGAAACAGUAGGGAGGUGGGCAUCGUAGAGAGGACAUUUUCAGUCCAAGGAGGCGCAACGCUAUACGACAGCGAGCGAUUCCUAAAUCUCCGCGACGACUCCUUCAUUCCUCUCUAUGUGCAGCCCGAAGCAGACCGGGCCGAGUGGAAGGUGGAGCUCGGCUUCGGUCGGGGCACCGUUCCUGUCCAGUAUCCAUUCCGGACGAGGUCUGAUGCCCUGCGGUUCCAGCAAUUUCUGACGGGAUAUGAAACGGUCGCACACUUCGAGGAUGUGGCAUGCGUGGUCACGUACAAGGGCUGGCGCAUCGCCCAUCCGCAGUACGCUGGCGUCGGGGAAAUCCAGCUUUGGAGGCAGGCGAAAACGUCGACAACCAGCGGGCUGCUGACACCCACGUCUUCUCGGUCGAGUUUCUCGACCCAGCAGCGAAGCUCGGUCCUGAUGGCAGGCGGCCUGUCGCCUACGAGCGCCCGUCCGAUGAGCAUCGCGUCAGUGCAGAGCAUGUCGUCGCUCGUGCGCACCGGGACAACGGGGACCGUCCAGACGCACGGGGCAAGGGGGACGCCCGUGUACGUCAAUCACAAUGACCGGCCGCCUCUGCUUGUCGCCUUUUUGAAGGACAGGGGCAAAGAUGGAGGAUAUGCCAUGCUGAAAGCCAACAUCACGAACCUCGUCCAGAGUGAAUUCACAAAUGGAUGGGAAGAGGCGCUACUGCGCCUGACUGCUCGAGGUGAGCCGACAUUUCGCGUCGACAAGCAUCUUCCAGAGCCGGGGCAAGACCGCCUCAGCUCGUGGAACCUCUGCGGGCCAAGAAAGACAACCAAGAAAAAGACGGAGCUUGUCGACCACCUCGAAUGCACUCACUUGGCUCUCAACUUUGCCAGCCGGAAGGAUCCCGCGAAUCUCGAGAAACGGGAGUCGCUCGACAGGCAGAUGCUGAUGCUGCAGGCCGGACAGCUGCAGCGACUCGCAGGCGAGACUGUGAUUCGAGACAGAGAGAUUUCGGAAAGAUCGCGCGAAAUGCGCACGCCCAUGCCGUCGCAGCUGUCGCUUGCACCUCCGACGUCGACGCCAACAUUGACCCCCCGGUCCUCGCGAUACAACAGUUUUCUUGAGCCGCUGCCGGAGAUCCAGCGCGAAUCGACCUACAUCGGAACCGAUUUUAUCAUGCAGUCGGGCAAUUCGCGUCCAGCCCCAGAAGCAGCAGCAGCAGCUGUUACUGCUGAGCUCGAAGCCCAAGUGGGGCAGGGGCGUGGCGGGUGAGCGCUAGGCACCUGGCGGGAACCUGCAUCAUUGACGUCAUCGGUCCUGCCUUCACCCAACGUCCCUUCCCGGCCAGGUCUGAGGUCCAUCUCGACUCGCACCUC